CAACCUUCAACAAACAACGUCACAGCCCACGAUAUCAUUCAUCUUCUCAUCCAUCUCAUACCUCAUUACAUCCGCGCUACAGCACGCUUAAUCUCAUAAUAAUAGAUUCGGCCCCGAACGAAGCCGGGCAGCUUGCCCUUUCACUUAUCAAUUCCUCAGUCAGCACCACCAACACAAGCCGCUCAGCAUGGCGUCCAUGCUCGAGGCCCUCCAUCCUUACCCCCAGGACCGGCUCCAUCUGCGUCUUCACCGCGCACGAUCAGUCGUGCUGACGAGUCAAGAGCUGGUGGAAAUCCGCGCUGCCCAACGAACCUUUGAGGGUGCCUAUAUGCGCACGGCUCUAUCACAGUUCUCCUUUGCGCUAGUCAUCCUCAAGAUUUUCACCUCGGAGUUCUACCCCAUAGGAGCCUUAUUCGCUUGUUAUGGUACGGCUAUCAUGCUAGUCGCCAUCUACCGGCGGUACGAAGGCAACCGUCAGUUCUUUGAUUCGGUCGAGAGCGAAGACGAAAGUAGUAGCGGCGAAGAAAACGAUCCAGCAACCCCAACAGGCCUUACCGUACGGGGGCGAAGAAGGACCCUCGUUGUCAAGAAGAAAUUCCGGACCAGCGGUAACAGCGUAGCGUUGCUCGUUUUGUUGAGCUUCAUGUGCUACGUUGCGUUGAUGGUGUUGUUGUGGAAGCUCACAGGUUGA